AUGGGCGGCCUGCGGGCCUGGGCGCUGCUCUGCCUGGGGCUCCUGCUCCCGGGAGGGAGCGCUGCAUGGAGCGUCGGGGGAGCCCCGUUCUCGGGACGCAGGAACUGGUGCUCGUAUGUGGUGACCCGCACCAUCUCAUGCCAUGUGCAAAAUGGCACGUACCUUCAGCGAGUGCUGCAGAAUUGCCCCUGGCCCAUGAGCUGCCCGGGGAACAGCUACAGAACCGUGGUGAGACCCACAUACAAGGUGAUGUACAAGACAGUGACCGCCCGGGAGUGGAGGUGCUGCCCCGGGCACUCGGGGGCUAGCUGCGAGGAAGUUGCAGGCUCCUCUGGCUUCGUGGAGCCCAAGUGGUCGGGCAAAGCCAUGCGACAGAUGAUGCUUCGGCCCACAGUCUUCUCAGGUUGUGCCAACUGCAGCCAAGUGUCGGAGCUGACGGAACGGCUAAAGUUGCUGGAGGCCAAGGUGGCGGUGCUGACUAUCACCGAGCGGGCAGUGCCCCCAACCCCAGCUGCCCCUGAGGACCCCGCCCCACUCUGGGGCUCCCCAGCUGCCCAGGGCAGCCCUGGGGAUGGAGGCCUCCGAGGGCUGCCGGGAGCCAGAGAAAACGAGAGGGCCCCACUGCUCCCUCGAGAUGACCGAGUUGGUGCCUGGGGGCUUCCUGGGCCCAUUGGCCCCAAGGGAGACACUGGCAGCCGGGGUCCAACAGGAAUGAGAGGCCCACCAGGUCCACAGGGCCCUCCAGGGAGCCCUGGCCAGGACGGAGCUAUGGGCAUCCCUGGAGAAAGGGGCCCUCCUGGCCCCCCUGGACCUCCGGGCCCCCCUGGCCCCCCAGCCCCCAUUGGGCCACCCCAUACCCAGAUCUCUGAGCAUGGGGACCCAUUUCUGUCUAACACCUUCACUGAGACCAGCAGCCAUUGGCCCCAGGGACCAGCUGGGCCUCCCGGACCCCCAGGGCCUGUGGGUCCCCCCGGACCUCCUGGUCCCAUGGGCAUUCCUGGGAGUCCUGGACAUAUAGGACCCCCAGGCCCCUCUGGACCCAAAGGAAUUUCCGGCCACCCAGGAGAAAAGGGCGAGAGAGGACUGCGUGGAGAGCCGGGCCCCCAAGGCUCCAUGGGACAGCGGGGAGAACCUGGCCCCAAAGGAGACCCUGGUGAGAAGAGCCACUGGGCUCCUAGCUUACAGAGCUUCCUGCAGCAGCAGGCUCAGCUGGAGCUCCUGGCCAGACGGGUCACCCUGCUGGAAGCCAUCAUCUGGCCAGAACCAGAGGGGUCAGGGGCAGGCCCUGCUGGCAUGGGCACCCCCAACCUCCUUCGGGGCAAGAGGGGAGGACACACAACCAACUACCGGAUCGUGGUCCCCAGGAGCCACAACGAGAGAGGCUGAGGGCUGUGGCGGCCCCUUGGGUGGGCCAGGCCAGGCUUCCCUUCCCAGCCUGGAGCUGGCCAGCUGCCUCCAGGGACCGCCCGUCCAUAUUUAUUAUUGUCCUCAGGGUCCCUCUGCCACCUAGGCCUUUGGAGUAAGCAGGUCUAGGUCCUGGCAUCCCAAGCACGUCUGCCACAUAUGAGGCUGAGCAGGGACUGGGGCCUGAGAGAGAGG